AUGAAAGGAUUGAAAAAUAUAUUAUCCAUACAAGAUAUAAAAACAUUACCAGAACAAAUUUUAAACAUUUUAUAUAAAUCUAUUGCAGUAAAUACCACUGCUUUUGAGGGCGAGCCAAAAAUUGGAAAACACAAUUUUAUAGGAUCGAAAAUAGAGACUGCUUUGUUACAACUUCUCUUGGGUUUAGGCGUAAAUUACAAACACUUAAAAGAGGAUGCCAAAAUUAUACAAUUUUAUCCGUUUAGUUCCGAACGAAAAGCUAUGAGUCUU